GACGACAGAGAAAGAGAGAGGGAGAGGAGGGAGUGUGAAAGAGAUAGGGAAAAGGAAGAAAGGGAGAGGAGAACACGUGAAAGGGAGAAGCGACGGGAUGUUGAUAGUGAUGGUGCUGACGAUGAUGUCAGGGAUCGCGACAGGAAGAGGCGUAAAAGAGAUGAUGAUGAUUACAAGGAGAGAGAGCGAGAUAGAGAACAGAGUGUUAGUAGGUCAAACAGGCACAGGGAUGACAGUGAAGAGAGUCCAAGGAGAAAGAAUGUCGAGAAUGAUGCUGAUAAGAGGGACAAGAAGACACGAGAAGAGGAAUUAGAGGAUGAACAGCGGAAGUUAGAUGAGGAAAUGGAGAAGCGGAGAAGAAGAGUUCAGGAAUGGCAAGAGUUAAAGAGAAAGAAGGAAGAAUCUGAGAGAGAAAAGCGUGGGGAAGAAAAUGCGGAUGAACCGAAAGCUGGGAAGGCAUGGACCCUUGAAGGAGAAUCUGAUGAUGAAGAAGUACCUCCUGUAGGGAAAUCAGAAACAGACUUGGAUGUCGAUCAAGAUGCCAAGGUUAGUAAUGGAGAAAUUGGAGAUUCGAUGAUGUUGGACUCUGAAAAUGCAACAACGAUAGCAUCUUCUCAGAAUGGGAAUGAUGGAGGCACUGGAGAAGAGGAAAUUGAUCCACUCGAUGCUUUCAUGAAUUCUAUGGUGUUACCUGAAGUUGAGAAGCUGAGCAAUUCUGUGGCUCCUCCAAUUGUAAAUGAUAAUAAUUUGGACUCUAAGAAGAAAGAUAAGGGGGGUAAUUGGAAAAAUGAUGAACAGCCAAAGAAAGGUUCAAAUAAAUCUCUGGGGAGAAUAAUUCCUGGUGAAGACUCUGAUUCGGAUUAUGGGGACCUUGAGAAUGAGGAUGAUCCUUUACAAGAUGAAGAUGAUGAUGAGUUCAUGAAAAGGGUGAAGAAGACAAAAGCUGAGAAACUAUCUAUUGUUGAUCACUCAAAAAUUGAUUACAAACCAUUCCGGAAAAAUUUUUACAUCGAAGUGAAGGAGAUCUCGAAGAUGACUCCAGAAGAGGUUGCUGCAUACAGGAAGCAAUUAGAAUUAAAGAUACAGGGGAAGGAGGUACCAAAACCAGUUAAAACUUGGCACCAAACUGGACUUACUAGUAAAAUUUUGGAGACAAUAAAGAAGCUCAACUAUGAAAAGCCCAUGCCAAUCCAAGCUCAGGCAUUACCAAUAAUUAUGAGUGGUAGAGACUGCAUUGGUAUUGCAAAAACUGGAUCAGGAAAAACCCUUGCUUUUGUGCUGCCAAUGUUGAGGCAUAUCAAGGAUCAGCCACCUGUAGUAGCUGGAGACGGCCCGAUUGGGCUUAUAAUGGCGCCUACUAGAGAGCUUGUUCAGCAGAUCCAUAGUGAUGUAAAGAAGUUUGCUAAGGCAAUGGGUAUCAGAUGUGUUCCUGUAUACGGAGGCUCUGGUGUUGCUCAGCAAAUUAGUGAACUAAAGCGGGGGACCGAGAUUGUUGUCUGCACUCCAGGUAGAAUGAUUGAUAUACUCUGCACAAGUGGAGGGAAAAUUACCAAUCUACGUAGGGUCACUUAUCUGGUCAUGGAUGAAGCUGAUAGAAUGUUUGACAUGGGUUUUGAGCCUCAAAUAACUCGAAUUGUUCAGAAUAUUCGACCUGAUCGGCAAACUGUGCUUUUUUCUGCAACUUUCCCUCGUCAGGUUGAAAUUUUGGCUCGCAAGGUAUUGAACAAACCUGUUGAAAUACAGGUUGGUGGUCGGAGUGUUGUAAACAAGGAUAUAACCCAGUUAGUCGAAGUAAGGCCUGAAAGUGAAAGAUUUUUGAGACUGUUGGAAAUUCUUGGUGAAUGGUAUGAGAAAGGAAAAAUUUUGAUUUUUGUACACUCACAGGAAAAAUGUGAUGCUUUAUUUAGGGAUUUGAUCAAGCAUGGUUAUCCUUGUCUCUCACUUCAUGGGGCUAAGGAUCAGACAGAUCGUGAAUCCACCAUUUCUGAUUUUAAGAGCAAUGUCUGCAAUCUGAUGACUGCAACAAGUGUUGCUGCUAGGGGUUUAGAUGUGAAAGAGCUUGAACUGGUGAUAAACUUUGAUGUCCCUAACCACUAUGAAGACUAUGUCCAUCGUGUUGGGAGGACGGGUCGAGCAGGACGAAAAGGAUGUGCCAUUACAUUUAUCUCCGAGGAUGAUGCAAGAUAUGCUCCUGAUCUUGUCAAAGCCUUGGAACUCUCUGAGCAAGUUGUGCCUGAUGAUCUGAAAGCUCUUGCUGAUAGCUUUAUGGCCAAAGUGAAUCAGGGAUUGGAGCAAGCCCAUGGAACUGGCUAUGGUGGAAGUGGUUUUAAAUUCAAUGAGGAGGAAGAUGAAGUUAGAAGGGCAGCAAAGAAAGCGCAGGCUAAAGAGUAUGGCUUUGAGGAAGACAAAUCUGAUUCAGAAGAUGAAGAUGAUGGAGUCCGGAAAGCAGGAGGUGAUAUCUCGCAGCAGACUGCACUUGCUCAAAUAGCAGCCAUUGCUGCCGCCUCAAAAGUUGGCACACCUUCAACAGCAACUCCUAUCACCUCAAAUCAGUUGCUUCCAAAUGGAGUACCUGUUUCUCUGCCAGGUGUGCUUGGCCUGACAUUACCAGGUGCAGCAGCAGUUGUGCCUGGGACUGGGUUACCUAUUAUUGCUGGUGAUGGGGCUGCUCGGGCUGCGGCAAUUGCAGCUGCAAUCAACUUGCAGCAUAACCUUGCAAAGAUUCAAGCUGAUGCAAUGCCUGAACACUAUGAAGCAGAGUUGGAGAUUAAUGAUUUUCCCCAGAAUGCUAGAUGGAAGGUUACGCACAAAGAAACUUUGGGCCCAAUAUCUGAGUGGACUGGAGCUGCCAUUACUACCAGAGGGCAGUUUUUCCCUCCAGGCCGGGUCCCAGGGCCUGGAGAACGCAAGUUAUACCUAUUCAUUGAGGGCCCUACAGAACAAUCUGUCAAGAGAGCUAAAACAGAAUUAAAACGUGUUCUAGAGGACAUUACCAAUCAGGCGCUGUCGCUGCCUGGUGGAGCUCAACCUGGCAGAUAUUCAGUUGUAUAAGUGUAAGGAUUCUGUUCUGACUUACACUCGAGGCACGUCAUUGGUGGACGUGAAUUUUUAUCUGUGAUGUCACAUUUAUUUAAUGAUUUUUAUGUCUGAUAUUUUUAUUUGAAUACUUGAUGCAGAAAAGUUCAUCCUUCUCUGGUGCUUUAUAAAGUCCAAAAUCAAUUGUGCUCCUGUUGUUACCCAUGGGGUUUUGUCCUCAUUCUAAUGUCACAUUCUUUGAUGUACUUGUAGGGAUAAGGCUUAGUAAUCAGUUUCUAUGUGCUGACAAAGACUAAGAGUUGGCCUUGAUGUUAUGGUCUUUUGGAGGCAGUAGUGCUUGCUAAAACAGGAAAAUUAGAAAAUAGAACUCCUUAGUAUGCAUUCUUUCUCUGCAUGAUAUGGGAAUUGUUGGAUGAUGCCUAAGGCAUAAAUUUUUCUUUUGGUGGUUUUCAGGAUAGUGUUUAAAUGCUAUUAAAUUUGUGAUUUCCACUGCUCUUUCCCCUUUUUAAUUUUCUUUUUUCUCUUUUGUUUAUCUUUCUUCUAUGGCUCGAGGGAUGAUUUAAGCCUAUGUCCGCAUGUCCAAUAUAGACUCUGUCCAUUACCUGCUAUGGGCGCUGUCAAAGAGACGGCAAUCUGGUUUGGUUGGAAAGACCUCAGAAGCCUCUUGUUUCUUUGAUCUCAGCUUUGUCACUGCUCAGGCAUCCUCAUGAGUAUUAAAAUUUGAAAACAUCUUCUGCUGGUUUUAUGCCAUAUUGGUUAAUUCCACAGGAAACAGGUUGGCCUGGUACCCUGCUCAUCCUCCCUAAGCUCAUGAGAAGGAUGGUUGUUAGCGUAAGCAUCUACCGCUGAGUCUACUUUCAGUUAUAUGCAUUAACUUGUAUUUCCUUAAGUAAUCUCUACAUUUGGAAUUCUUUUUUUUUCCUGGGAGUUGGUGUUGUAAAAAUGUGGGAUCUUUCCAUUGGUCGUCAUAGGGAGACGUGUGUGGUGAAGCUUUUCUGUGAAGCUAUUCUAGUAGUUAUUGUCUUUACUAUUGUAUUAGCCUGAAGUACAAUUUCGGUAGAGUUGCUUCUGGCUGGAGGAAUAUCAAGUUUGGAGGUGUUGCUGAUUCCA